CAGAUAGUGCAGUGAUACUGAGGUUACUGUGCCUUAAAAUCCAAGCUUUCUGUUUUUCUAUUAUGACCCUUGUGUUGUCUGCAGAUUACAGUAUACAGUCUGUGGUUUACGGCAUGAUUCAAAAGUUGUACUGGUGUAUUUGUGUUCCAGCCGUCUGAAAAAAAAGAGAGUUACAGACAGAUUUGUCUAUAAUGUCGGCUGGUAGGACAUUAGAAAAUGUCAGGGCGACAAUCUUAUCCGCUCACAAGAGCUCCACCAUAGAAGAUAAGAUCAGCUUUUACGACUCCUGGGCAGAGGACUAUGAACAGGAUCUGGUUCUUCUUGACUACCGUGCACCAGGUCUGGCAGCAAACAUGAUCUCCUCUCAUUACAGCGGUGACCGUGAAGCAGCUCUCAUGUUGGAUGUGGCCUGUGGUUCAGGACUGAUGGCCAAACAGAUGAAGAAACUGGGAUUUGGACAUUUUGUGGGAGUUGAUGGAAGCAAGAGUAUGAUAAAGGUGGCUGAACAGAGUGAGCUCUACCAGGACCUGAAGCAGUGUAUGCUUGGAGAGGAGCCUCUACCUGUCCAGUGGGCUGGUUUGUUUGACAUAGUUGUGAUCACUGGAGCACUCAGUGUUGGUCAGGUCCCUGUUAGUGUAGUCAGAGAGCUGUGCAGGUCCACCAAACAAGGUGGCUACAUUUGCAUGACCACCAGAAGUAACCAUGACAAUCUGGUCUACAAAGCAGCUCUGGAGUGUGAGCUAGAGCAAAUGGAAGAACAGGGGCUCUGGUCUUCUGUUGAGGUCACUGAGGUGGACAAAUGGGAGAGAGGGGUGUCAGACAAGGAGGAUGGUUAUAUACCUGGCGCUGUGUAUCUCUAUAAGAAACUAUAGAAAUAUUUAGGACAAUGUCAUAUUCCAAUUACUGCAUAAUACACUUUAAAAAGAGUCUGGAUUUCUGAUGUUGAAUAAAUGUUUCAGUUCCAUGUUAAAGAACAUACAUUCUACAUGCUAAACCAUUUAGCAACAACCAUUUCCCCUUCUUGACAACCACUUCAAUUUGAUACAGAUGCACAGUAACUUUCCUAAUACAAGAAUAACAACACAAUCCAGAGAAUCGAGUAAUAAAUGAAGGUGCAACCUU